AUUGAUGAAUUGAAAAAGCUUGUGGAUGUGUAGAUGCCGGCCUCUAUUCGGGACCCGGUCAAUGCUGCCCUACGAACUGCCCUCGUGAAGAACGAAUCUUCCGAAAAUUCCUUGGAUACACAACUAGCGGGGUCCACGAAAAAAGCAUUGUUGUCCAAUAUCGAAUUUGAGCCUGCCGGAAGCUAUCAAAGUACUGUUUUAGAUAAAUUGAAGACGAAGUAUAUUGUUUUGAGCAGUGCAGACACUCCAACUUCAAGUAAACCAGAAAGUGAUUCAGCUGUUGAAGAAUCUCGGAAAUUGCCGAAAUAUGAACUGUUCCCUCUGGAUGCUGUGCAGCUGGGAUGGAACAACUGUGAUUGGUCAGUGGGCGCAGGAAUGGUUAAUAUGGGCAAUACAUGCUACCUGAAUUCUACCUUGCAAGCUCUCUUUCAUGUUCCUGCUUUGGUCAACUGGCUCAUGUCUGAUAAGGAACACACUGCAGUGUGCCAAGACUCAGGUGGCUUGUGCAUAAUCUGCGCCAUGCGCAAAACGCUGCAAGACUCGCAGCAGCGCAACGCCAACUCGAUCAGGCCGCUGCUGAUCUACAACAAGCUGCGACUGGUGUGCCGCAACCUGAUACCCGGCAGACAGGAGGACGCCCACGAGUUUCUCAGGUAUCUGGUCGAGGCCAUGGAGAAGGCUUAUCUGAGCAGGUUCAAGAACCACUCGGAGUUCGACUCGAAGAUCAAGGAAACGACGCCCCUCAAUCAGAUCCUCGGCGGCUAUCUGCGCUCGGCGGUGAGGUGUCUAGAGUGCGGUCACGUGAGCACCACCUUCCAGCACUUCCAGGACCUGCUGCUCGACAUCAGGAAGGCGCAGACGCUGGACGAGGCGCUGGAAGUGUACUUUUCGAGGGAGAAGUUGGACGAUGAUUCCUACCAUUGCGAGGCUUGUCAGAAGAAGGUCCCCGCGACGAAGCAAUUCUUCUUGGAGCGGACGCCGAUGGUGCUGUGCAUCCAACUGAAACGCUUCUCCGUCACCAACAACAAGAUCACCAAGCACCUGUCGUUCCGGCAGCGGCUCGACCUCGGCAAGUACGCUCGCCAACGUUCGGCGGGCUCGUCGCUCGUCUACCGCUUGGCGGCGCUCGUCACGCAUAUGGGACCGACGGUCGGCUGCGGCCAUUACACGGCCGUCGCCCAAUCGCCGGCAGGGAACUACUACCAAUUCGAUGACAGUAUGGUCCGUCCGAUCUCGCACCAGGCAGUGUUCAACACCAACGCGUACAUCAUGCUGUACGAGUUGGAGCAGUCGCCGUACGUGCGUCGCCCCCCGCCGCCGCCGCCGCUGCCCUCGCCUGCCCUCGGCAAGCCGAAAGCGGCCGAAACGCCUGCGUCGCGUCCCGUCGUCGUCCAAUCGUCGAAGGCGGUCAACGGACACCACGCUAAUGCCGCCGCCGCCUCCAGCGGUGUUGUCGGUUUUACCAGUGACAAGGCGUACGGGCCGGAAUUGCCGCCGGAAAGGAACGAGAGGCAGAAGGCGGUGGAUAACGGCAACGUGACCAGCACCAAUAAUAACAGCGACGGCGCCAGCACCUCCUCCUCCUCCAGCGAGAACGACUCCGACGGAGGAGGUGGCGACCCCCACGCCUCCACCGACCCCGCCCCCUCGAUAGCCACGCCCACCAAGGACACCGACAUCAGCAGCUCGACGUCGCGCGAUUCCCAUUCGCUAGGCGGAGCCAAACAAAGCCCCGCCCACCGCGAUUCGCUAGGCGGGGCCAAACAGAGCCCCGCCAACCGCGACUCGGUGGGCGGGGCGAAACGGACCCCCGCCCCCAGUCCGAACAAGAGCCCAGCGACGAGCGUGUCCAGCCUGUCGAGUCCCGAAUCGACGCCGAAGAGGGCGUCGUUGUCGGCCGUCGCGAAGCCUCUGGUGCCGUACGAGCCGGACGACGGCAGCUCGUCGGAGGACUCGAACCACGCGGGGGCGGGGCUCGGGGUAGAGGGGGCGGGGGAAGCGGCGAGGGUGUCGACGAAGGCGGCGAUCGGCGAUUGGCAGGUCACUUCUUCGACUGACAUAGGCCACGAACCGUCCUCGGAAGGCAAAAGCUGGACGAUCCGAAGACCCGCCCCACAACAGCAACAGCCAAUCAACGGCGCCUCCACUCAACCCCGCCCCCAGGACACCGUCGUGCAGGAGCUGUUCAAGAUGUCGCACGGCGGCUAUGCGGCGCCGGUGUCUACGUGGCACGGCUCGCGGUCGCGAUUGGACAAGGAGAUGGGCGAGGAGAGGAGGGACGAGCGGAAACGUCAUGCGGCCGAUAGCUCGGAUCAGGGCAGAGCGAAGCAUGCGAAGACUACUGGGGGCAGUAACGGGUACAAGUCGAAUCCCGGUUAUAAUCCGGUGCAGGAAUAUCACAACGCGAAAAACUGGGGACACAACAACGGUGGAGGCUACAAAUCGUUUUACAAUGGAAACAAACACAGGCGCCUCUUCCACCAUAAAAACUACCACAAAAGUUAUAGAUAUCGGCAGUAAUGACAUUUUCUUUCACCGCGCGUUCAUCCAUUAGCAAAGUGUAAUGUAAAUUUGUGUAUAUUUGAUUUUUUUUAUUUGUGGAGUUGUGACAUUAGCAAAUUAGUUUACUCGUUUCUUAAUAUUAAGGUUUUAACGGAAGUUUCUGUUUUUAAACUUCGCAUUGACUUUGUAGGAAAUGGUAUUUAUUUUUGUUCUUGGUUCUGUCGAUAAGCAUUUACACAAUGUCUCCUGUCUGUAAUAUAUAUUUUUUAUCAUUU